UUUGUUGCUAAAACCUAAAAGUAAUCUAAAACAUAAAACCAGUAUGAAACUUAAUAGGGGUGUUUAUAGAUCAAAUAAAUAAUAAAGGGGUUAAAGUGGGAAUAAAGAGAAAUAAAAGGGCCUGUAAGCCUUAUAGGGAUUCUAGGGCUUUCUUUCAUUGGUCGGAUCAGACGACGUUUUUACUUCUUCUUCUUCUUCGCAUUCGUCAGUGUGUAUUUUGGGGUAAAAUUUGUGAGCGAAGAUCGAGAAAAAUGAGCGGAGCCGGUAAGAAAAUCGCGGAUGUGGCUUUCAAAGCUUCAAGGACUAUCGAUUGGGAUGGUAUGGCUAAGGUCCUCGUUACCGAUGAGGCUCGUAGAGAGUUCUCUAACCUUCGUCGUGCUUUCGAUGAGGUUAACACGCAGCUCCAGACCAAAUUUAGUCAGGAACCUGAACCCAUAGAUUGGGAUUACUACAGGAAGGGUAUUGGUGCUGGCAUUGUUGACAAGUACAAGGAAGCUUAUGACAGCAUUGAGAUUCCAAAGUACGUUGACAAAGUUACUCCUGAAUACAAGCCAAAGUUUGAUGCUUUGUUGGUGGAACUGAAAGAAGCUGAAGCGAAAUCGCUUCAGGAGUCUGAACGGUUGGAGAAAGAAAUUGCUGACGUCCAAGAGAUUAGCAAAAAGCUCAGCACCAUGACUGCAGAUGAGUACUUUGAGAAGCACCCAGAACUCAAAAAGAAGUUUGAUGACGAAAUCCGUAAUGACAACUGGGGAUACUGAUCAUGUUUCUCCAUCUCCGGCCUGGAACAAAAACUCUCUUUCUCUUUCUCUUUCUCUGUUCCCUUACUGUGAUUUUGUGAGCCAAUCAUAACAAUAAUAAGUACACCAUUCACUUAACCAGUGUUGAGAUCUUCAUUCCAAGGAAGAUAAACCCAUUUGGUUAUAGUUAUCAAUUUCAUAAAUUGUUUCGUUUCGUUCUUCAGUGAAUAAUGAGAGUGAAAAGAUCUCAUCAAUUUUAUCGUUGUCAAGGAAUGAAGAAGGCUCUGACUCGUCA